AUGGCGACCCAGCCAGGCCAAGCACCACCAGGACUGUCGUCCGACAGGCUGCGCCAGGUCAUCGCAAACGGCACCAACCCGCACCCUGAUGGUGGACCCGCAUCGGCGAGCGCUGCAGCUCCUGCGCCAGACGCCUCGGCACCGCCACAAGCUCCCGCCUCGCCGUCGACCGUGCCGUUCACGCCCGAGCAAGUCGCGGCGCUCAAGUGCCAGGUCGUCGCCUUCCGCCUCCUCGCGCGCAACCAGCCCAUCCCGCCCGCGCUCCAGGCCGCCCUCGCGACCCCCCAAGACGCGCUCAAGUUUGCCGCAAAGCUCCCCGACUCGGCGACGACCCUGUCGGGCCACGAGCUGAGCCCCGAGGCGGCCGCCGAGGAGCGCGAGCGGGCCCUCGCCGCCGAACCUCCACUCGACGACGUCGAGGACGCCGACUCGCUCGUGUACCCGUACAACGCCUUCCUCACGCCGCGCGACAUCCUCACGGCCUUCCACGGCACGGCGUCGCGCCGCCCGCUCCUCAUCCCCAACCUCCUCCCCGCCGGCCUCGACCCGCAGGCCGUCAUCGACGAGCGCAACCGGUUCAUCGACGCCCGCAUCCUCCAGCGCCGUCGCGAGCUCGAGGAGCUCCCCGCCAACCUACCGUCGCCGUCGUCGUCGUCGUCGUCGUCGUCGUCGUCGCUCGCGUCGCAAAAAGUGCGCGCGCUCGUCGAGCUCAAGUCGUUGCGGCUCCUCGAGCGGCAGCGCGCGCUGCGCGAGCAGGUCGUGCACGGCCUCAAGCCGGCGUGCUCGCUCGCGCUCCCGCUCGACCGCACCCUGUUCCGGCGCGUGCGCAAGCCGUCGCUCGCCGACGCGCGCCAGAUCGAGCAGCUCGAGCGCAAGCAAAAGCUCGAGCGCGAGCGCCGCGCCAAGCAGAAGCACCUCGACCACCUGAGCGACAUCACCGAGCACGGACGCCACCUCGUCGAGGCGCACCGCGCGCACGAGGCCAAGUUUCACAAGCUCGGCAAGGCGCUCCUCAAGUUUCACGUCGACGCCGAGAAGGAGGAGCAGAAGCGCGUCGAGCGCGUCAGCAAGGAGCGCCUCAAGGCCCUGCGCGCCGACGACGAGGAGGGCUACCUCAAGCUCAUCGACACGGCAAAGGACACGCGCAUCACGCACUUGCUGCGCCAGACCGACUCAUUCCUCGAGUCGCUCGCGGCGGCCGUCUCGGCGCAGCAGUCCGAGGCGCGCGCCGAGCAGGACCAGGACGUCCUCGACGAGCAGACGGCCGGCGCCGACGGCGCCGUCGACGAGAGCCGGUUCGGCGCCCAGCCCGUCUUUGCCGACGAGGCCAAGGACAAGGUCGACUACUACAACGUGGCGCACCGCGUCAAGGAGACGAUCACGCAGCAGCCGUCGAUCCUGGUCGGCGGCGAGCUCAAGGGCUACCAGCUCAAGGGCCUCGAGUGGAUGGUGUCGCUGUACAACAACCACGUCAACGGCAUCCUCGCCGACGAGAUGGGCCUCGGCAAGACGAUCCAGACCUUGUCGCUCAUCACGUACCUCAUCGAGACCAAGCGCCAGCCCGGCCCGUACCUCGUCAUCGUCCCGCUGUCGACCAUGCCCAACUGGAUCUCAGAGUUUGAGCGGUGGGCGCCGUCGGUCAAGGUCGUGUCGUACAAGGGCACGCCCGCGCAGCGCAAGGGCGCCCAGGCCGAGAUCCGCCACGGCAACUUCCAGGUCCUCCUCACCACGUUCGAGUACAUCAUCAAGGACCGCCCGCUCCUCGCCAAGGUCAAGUGGCUCCACAUGAUCAUCGACGAGGGCCACCGCAUGAAGAACACCCAGUCCAAGCUGUCGGUCACGCUCACCCAGUACUACUCGUCGCGGUACCGCCUCAUCCUCACGGGCACCCCGCUCCAGAACAACCUUCCCGAGCUGUGGGCGCUCCUCAACUUUGUCCUGCCCAAGAUCUUUGGCUCGGUCAAGUCGUUCGACGAGUGGUUCAACGCGCCGUUUGCCAACACGGGCGGCCAGGACAAGAUCGAGCUCAACGAGGAAGAGUCGCUCCUCGUCAUCCGGCGCCUGCACAAGGUCCUGCGCCCGUUCCUCCUGCGCCGCCUCAAAAAGGACGUCGAGCAGGACCUGCCCGACAAGGUCGAGCGCGUCAUCAAGUGCAAGAUGUCGGCCCUCCAGCGCGAGCUCACAAAGCAGAUCAAGGAGCACGGCAUGAUCUUUACCGAGGCGGCGACGAGCGACAAGAAGAACGCGACGGGCAUUCGCGGCCUGCAGAACCAGAUCAUGCAGCUGCGCAAGAUCUGCAACCACCCGUUCUGCUUCGAGGCCGUCGAGCGCUCGAUCGACCCGACGGGCAUGAGCAACGCGACCCUGUACCGCGUCGCCGGCAAGUUCGAGCUUCUCGACCGCAUCCUGCCCAAGCUAUUCGCGACCGGCCACCGCGUCCUCAUGUUCUUCCAGAUGACCACGGUCAUGACCAUCUUCGAGGACUACCUCAACUUUCGCCGGAUCGAGCACCUGCGCCUCGACGGCACGACCAAGCACGAGGACCGCUCGACGCUCCUCAAGCUGUUCAACGACCCGGCGAGCAAGUACCCGAUCUUUAUCCUGUCGACGCGCGCCGGCGGCCUCGGCCUCAACCUCCAGUCGGCCGACACGGUCAUCAUCUUUGACUCGGACUGGAACCCGCACCAGGACCUGCAGGCGCAGGACCGCGCGCACCGCAUCGGCCAGAAGAAGGAGGUGCGCAUCCUGCGCCUCGUCACCGAGCGCUCGGUCGAGGAGCACGUCAUGGCGGGUGCGGCGCGCAAGAUCGAGAUGGACAAGAAGAUCAUCCAGGCGGGCCGGUACGACAACAAGUCGACGGCCGAGGAGCGCGACGCGUUCCUGCGCGCCUUGCUCGAGGCCGAGGACGGCGGCGAGGCCGACCCGGAUGCCGACGACGACGCCGACGAGGCCGACGCGCUCAACGAGGCGAUCGCGCGCACCGAGGACGAGCGCGUCCUGUUUGCCCAGAUGGACCGCGACCGGCGCGCGUCCGAGGAGCGCGCGUGGGCCGCCGCCGGCCACACGGGCAAGCUCCCCGAACGCUUGAUCCAAGAGUGGGAGCUCCCCGAGGUGUACCGCAUGGAGCACGCCAAGAUUGUCCACUCGCGCGACGAGUCGCCCGCCGACGGCGCGAGGCGCAACCGGACCCAGGUGACGUACGACGACGGCCUCUCGGAGGAGCAGUGGCUCCAGACGAUGGAGGACGACGGCGACGGCGACGGCGACGACGCGGCCUCGUCGUCCAAGAAGCGCGGUGGCGGCGGCAAGCGGCGUGCGGCGGCCGUCGCGGCGACGGCCAACCGGUUCGGGUACGACGACGGGACGGGCGCGAGCGCGAGCGCGAGCGGGUACCCGAGCGACUCGGACGACGGCGCGUCGUCGGUCGCGGCGUCGCGGCAGCGGCUCAAGCGCGGGCGCGAGAGCGUCGGCGCGACGCCGAGCGUCAACGGCGACGACGUGUCGAGGGUUGGCGGCGGCGGCGGGGCAGGAGGAGGUGGCGGCGGCAAGAGGCGCAAGGUGCUGUCGCCGUACCAGGAGAAGUUGCGCGAGUGCUUCGAGGAGCUCCUCACCGAGGUCGAGAACCUCGACAACGUGCGUCCUCGCCUCUCUCUCUCUCAUUCCUCGUUAGAGGGCCUCGCACUGACCCUCGGUCUCUGUCCUCUCGCAGCCGACGAUGGGCCACCAGUGUGCAGGCGUGCGUCCCACGCUCUCCCUCUCUCUCGUCCACGUGGCCCUGUGACUGACCCGCAUGCCCCUCGUCCGCCGCAGCUGUUCAACGAGCUGCCGUCGAAGCGCGACUACCCCGACUACUACCUCCUCAUCACGCACCCGAUCAGCCUCAAGGAGAUCAAGAAGAAGGUCAACAACGGCACGUACCCGAACACGGACGCGUUUGCCACCGACAUUCACCAGAUGCUCAACAACGCCAUGACCUACAACGAGGAAGGCAGUGUUGUGUACGAGGACGCGCGCAUGCUCCGCGACGUGUUCAACCGCGCGUACGUCCAGGUCACGUACCAGGGCCAGCCGGUCGACCCGCUCCCUCGAGUCGCGCAGCGCACCUGAGCUGUUCCCGCUCGCACCCUUUUUGCCCCUGUACAUCCCCUCUCCCCUCGCUUGCUGUGACGAGAUACCCCUUCCUCUCUCCUGCGCCGCCUCGUCGGCGGUGUGCAACCUCCAGAGCCGCUUGUUGCACCUCUC